AUGGUGAUGCAGAUCGCCAACACGCUGCCGUCUCCUCUGCGCGAGAUCCUCCUGUUCUCGCUUUGCAUCGGCAUUCUGUGGGGGGCAGCUAUCAUGGAACAGUCCUCCAAGACGCCGCCAGCGGGGCCGGAGCCGCCUGAGGGCUGGCUCUGGCACGAGCUGAAGGACCCGGAGCUGCCGGAAGUCCUGGCAAGGCCAGCCGAAGGCGAGGCGGACGUGGCCGUGGCUGUGGUGCCCGGGAACCCGGGUGUACCCCACUACUACUGCGAGUUCGGCGAGGAGUUGCAGAAGGCCCUGCAGGAGCAGGGCGUUUCUGCUGCGAUCUACUGCGUGGGCUACCUGGGCUUCCCCACCCGCGCGGAGGGUGCGGGUUUGCGGCAGCGGUCCCAAGCCGUGUCGGUGGAGGAGGAAGCUGCAGCCAUCUCCAAGGUGCUGGAUGAGCUGCAGGGCGGCCACGAGCGGCUGGCGCUCUUCGGGCACUCCAUCGGCGCCUGGAUCACGCUGCGGCACCUCCGGGCCAUGGCGCCGGAGCGGCGCAGGGCCGUGCCGCUGAAGGUGCUGGCUAUGCCGUACCUGGAGUACCGGGCCUUCAGCCUGCAGCCGCUGCUUCUGUCGCCCUCAGCGCUGGCGCGCCUGGUGGCGCUCUCCGCGGCGGCGCUGCCCUCGCGGCUGAAAGAGCUGGGUGCGGGGCUGGUGAGCCGCAGCCAACGAGGCAGCUUGGUGUACGAGGUCACGUUGAAGACCUUCUUCCAGCAGGUGCAUCACUUGCCUUCGAUGUCGGGCCUCUACUACACCGAGUGCCAGCGACUCAAUCCAGCGACUGAAGGCCAAGGCUUCGUGGAGGUCGCGGAGAUCAUGGCGCUGCCCGACCGGCCGCGGGUGCUGGCGCUCUACACGAAGGACGACAUGUGGGCUCCGAUGGAGCACUCCAAGAGGCUCAGAGGCUUUCUCUCGGAGAAGGAUGCGGUCGUGGACCUGAGCGCUGACCCUGCGGGGCCGCCGGCCCACGCCUUUGUCCUCUCCCGGAAGCACUGCCGGCAAAUGGCCGGACUCGUGGCCGCCUCGCUGGCGAGGUUUCAGCGGCCCAUGUUCCUCGCAAAGGAGCUGCUCGGGAAGCCCGUGACCUUCCUUGAGGAUUGCGUGGGUGAGAAGGUGGAGAGCGCUUGUGCCAACCCCGCCCCAGGCUCCGCUGGGCGCCCGGAUGCGCGAAGUCUCAAUUUCUUGCCAAGUCUCCUCUUCGGUGUGUCAGCUAUUUUCGCCGGAGCCUCAGGGGAUGACAGCACGGCCUUCCCCAGCGAGGCGGGCUCUCGCAUCUGGUCGCGCCAGCACUCUCCAGAUACAGAAGCCACUGAUGUGGCAGUUGUGGACUUCCAGGAGCUGAAGGCCGCAGUUCUACGGGCCCAAUUGGAGCGUGAGGGCAAUUUUCAGCCAGCCGACGAGGCCGAGGAGCCAGACUCCGAGGUCGCCGUCCACCGCAUGGCUAUGGCGGCGCGCCGAUACGCCACUGGCGCCUAUGCGACAGAUUCCGAGGAGGAAGACGACCCAGAGACAGUGCACCGCAUUUGCAUGUCCGUAAGGCGACUCGCUAUGGGCGGGCGGAAGCUGUAA